GCGCCGAGGAUGCUGUCAGGCUGAGGCGGAGGGCUCUGGUCUCCGUGCCGGGCUGAGGACAAACUUGCCGCCGAGAAGCGCGGGCUGAGGGGUGUGUGGGCUGGAAGACGCGCCUCCGGGAUCCCAUCGGCAGAAGCCCCGAGCUCGGGCCAUGGGGACUGCGAAGGUCACCCCAUACCUGAUCUUUGCCACCACGGUGGCCGCCAUCGGCUCUUUCCAGUUCGGCUACAACACUGGAGUCAUCAAUGCUCCUGAGACGAUCAUAAGGGACUUCCUCAACUACACGUUGGAUGAGAAGUUGGAUGAGCUUCCCAGCAGGCUGCUGCUCACGAACCUUUGGUCCUUGUCUGUGGCCAUCUUCUCUGUUGGGGGCAUGAUUGGCUCGUUUUCUGUUGGACUCUUCGUCAACCGCUUUGGCAGGCGCAAUUCAAUGCUCAUUGUCAACCUAUUGGCUGUGAUCGGUGGCUGCCUCAUGGGGUUCUGUAAAAUAUCCGAGUCAGUGGAAAUGCUGAUCCUGGGCCGCUUGGUUAUCGGCGUCUUCUGCGGACUCUGCACAGGUUUUGUACCCAUGUACAUUGGAGAGAUCUCGCCCACUGCUCUGCGAGGGGCCUUUGGCACGCUCAACCAGCUGGGCAUCGUCGUCGGGAUUCUGGUGGCUCAGAUCUUUGGUCUGGAAAUCAUCUUGGGAUCUGAAGUGCUCUGGCCGGUGCUGUUGGGCUUCACCAUCAUCCCAGCCAUUCUGCAAAGUGCCGCCCUUCCGUUUUGCCCUGAGAGUCCUCGAUUCUUGCUCAUUAACAAGAAGGAAGAGGACCGGGCCAAGCAGAUCCUGCAGCGGCUGUGGGGCACCCAGGAUGUGGCCCAGGACAUCCAGGAGAUGAAGGAUGAGAGUGCCAGGAUGGCCCAGGAGAAGCAAGUCACGGUGCUGGAGCUCUUCAGGGCCCCCAGCUACCGGCAGCCCAUCAUCAUCUCCAUCGUGUUGCAGCUCUCGCAGCAGCUCUCGGGCAUCAAUGCUGUGUUCUAUUACUCGACGGGGAUCUUCAAGGAUGCAGGUGUUAAGGAGCCCAUCUAUGCCACCAUCGGCGCUGGGGUUGUCAAUACUAUCUUCACUAUCGUUUCCGUGUUUCUGGUGGAAAGGGCUGGCAGGAGAACUCUACAUCUGAUCGGCCUUGGGGGCAUGGCUCUGUGUUCUGUGCUCAUGACCGUGUCCUUGUUGUUGAAGGAUAAAUAUGACACAAUGAGCCUAGUGUGUAUUGCUGCCAUCUUGAUCUACGUGGCCUUCUUUGAAAUCGGACCAGGUCCCAUCCCCUGGUUUAUUGUGGCUGAACUCUUUAGCCAGGGACCGCGCCCAGCUGCCAUGGCAGUGGCUGGUUGUUCCAACUGGACCUCCAACUUUUUGGUUGGACUGCUCUUCCCCUCAGCUGCCUACUAUCUAGGAGCCUACGUUUUCGUCAUCUUUGCCAUCUUCCUCAUCAUCUUCUUUAUCUUCACCUUCUUCAAAGUUCCUGAGACCCGAGGCAGGACUUUUGAGGAUAUCACACGGGCCUUUGAAGGGCAGGCUGCGGAAGCCAAUAAAUUGGGGAAGGGUCCCACGAUGGAGAUGAACAGCAUCCAGCCUGUUGAGACCACCACCCAUGUCUAAGUUGCGCCUCCUUCCACCUCCCUCCCAACACGGAAAAGCAACCUCUCCCUGAGCGGAGGAGAGACCUCAUCAGGAUGAACCCGGGACUGCUUCUGAAUGCUGCUAUUUGAUUCCUUUUUCAUCCCACACACCCCAUAGGCACUCAGAUGACCCAAUGCAGGGAGUAGUUGGAUCUCCAAUGGCUUUUUAAACGUUUCAUUUCUUGGACAUUCAUUUCAGGAGGGAUUGGCUGCUUGGUGUGUGACAACUUUUCCAGGUCUCCCUCCCUUAGGUUCUAAUACUUAAUAUUGUCUCACCAGGGCUUAUAGGGGAGUAAGUAGGGGUGCAGUUCCCCCAACCUCAGACUUAGCAGAUAGCAGACAGAGGAGGGUGUGGAGGGCCGAGGGCGGGGACUAGACGAGAACACCUUCCUCACUUCCAUGCAGCUUGACACAGCAAAGUAACUUGAGUUUUAUUUAUUUUAUCUUCUGGUUUUAUUGCAUAAAUAUUUAUUUUUUUAAGUGUGAAGUAAUUUUACCAAAGAAUGCAAACAUAAGGAAAUUCAGGUUAGAGGGAGGCAUUUGAAGAGAGGUUGUAGGGUAGAAGACUUGACUCUGGAGAGGUCCAGGUGCAACAGGAAGGGAAGAAUUUCAGGGAGAAAACAUCGUUCAUUCUUGGGUAGACGAUGUGGUGCCUGAGGCUUGUGAGUUGCCUCUUAACAAUUUCUGUCCUUGGCGUAAAGGAAACGCCUAAGUUUUAUUUCUGAGAAAGGUUAUGUGCCUGUCUAAACAAAAAAAGCUACUGAUUUCCUUUAGAACUUUUAUCUUUAAUAUUAUAGUUUAUAUAUAGCAUUACUUGAAAUUUAGUAUUGUCACUAAGAUGGGCACUGUAGUUAAUGGCGGUUGAUGGGUUCUAAUUUUGGGUGGAUCCGGAGAAGGGAAGGUGAUUGUAGAAAUCCCCACUCCUCACUGGGCCAAAUAACUCCUUCCCCUCAUAGUGGACCCCCGUGUCUAUGGCCAUCCCACCACCUCACUGGGAGAGAGCCUUCCAAAUAAGAAAACUAAAGUAGUUCUUGGUAGAGGUUCAGUAUUUCUCCAUUAUUUGUUCUUUAAGAGAUUUAGGUGUUGGUCUUUAUUUUGUUUCAACCUGUAGCUUUAAAGGAAUUCAGAGGAGAAUGAUGAUAGCCAAUGUAGAUUUUGUAACCUCAGCUCUGGGAGAGGAAUUUUCCUGAACGAUUAUUACCCAGUGUAAGUGUGUUGUUUAGGGUCAUGGCAUGCUUGUCUGUCUGUUCCAUGUCAAGGUACACCUGGGGGACUUGAGUCUUCACGUAGGCCACAUCUGAAAUAGUAUGAGUGAAGGUGCAGUGUAGCCCACACUUGAGAGUAUGAAUGUAUGUGCACUGUCACUUUGCUCGGGGUAGAAGUAGUUUAUUGAUGAUUUGUUUCCUUUGUUCCUAUAGUCUCCUUUUGGAUAGAAUAUACUAAAAAGCGCAUCCUUAGACAUGUAAAUAACACUGCCUCUGCUGGCUACCUUUUUCUGUUAGAGAAGGGGACGGAGAACUUUUUUUUCUUGAGGUGGAGGGUGGAGGGCUCCACCUCACUCCAGAUUCCAACAGCAGGAGUGUGAGAUCAGGGCAUUUGGGUGGGGACCCUGAUUAUAGGGAGAGAGGGAGGCACCCAUUGAUAGGGAUAAGAAACAAAUUAGAGAACAGCCGAGAGGGUGAGAGCUGAGGGACUUGCUCCUGCCACAGGUCGUGUGCACACCCACGGUCGACCUAGUUUCCCAGGGCUUCUAUACAAAGAGAUUGGACCCUGAAGACACCCUCUCUUCCCUUCUCAAUGGUUGCUUCAUCUCCCCCUCUUUGGUGCUUAAACAUCUCAGACCCCUAACAAAACCCUAGCCGAGCACAGUAUUUCAGUUCUCAUCAUUCCCUGUGGUCGUUGAGCCUUUGGAUGAGAUCUGCUUUGACUGUGAGAUGGGGCUCUGUGGGAGAGGGUGGCACCUCCACCUGCACCUCUGCCUCUGGCUCUUCAGACAAGUGGUUGGCAGUAAUGCAAGGUGGAAUGUUUUCCCCACAUCUCAGUGACCAGGUUGUGCAUAUUUCCAUAUGAAUUUUUCUAUUAAUGUUACUGUGGUUGUUUUGAAAUAAAAAUUCUGAA